AAAACCCAUCACCAUUUCCCCUCUUUCCUCAACUCAUUCUCCUCUUACAAGUGUACCGUUUUUGUUCCUUUCAGCUCACCACUUGGCUUCGGGCUUGUCCUCGUAUGCCACCCUACGUUGCCGCUUGUCUUCUUCCGUUGAUAUCAAUCAAAGCUUCUUAGACAUUCUUCGUCUUUCUAAGCUUUGUUCAACCCAUCCAUCCUGCCAUGGCUCCCCCAAACGACCCAUCUUCCUUAACCUCUUCGCCUCUCAAAUCUGACGGUUUGGAGAAUCUUGUUGAUUUCGCAGAUGGGAAACUCAGUGUCAAAGGUGUUUCUUUGCUGUCGGAUGUCCCAAGUAAUGUCUUUUUCAGCUCCUUCUCUUCCAUAUGUCAAUCCUCUGAUGCCCCACUUCCUCUGCUCCAACGAGUUCAUACUCUGUCUCAUAAGGGUGGCUUUCUUGGGUUUGAUCAAACCAAAUCCUCUGAUAGGCUCACCAAUUCCUUGGGGAAAUUCAAGGGUAGGGAGUUUGUGAGUGUGUUUAGAUUCAAAACAUGGUGGUCGACCAUGUGGGUCGGGAAUUCUGGGUCGGAUUUACAAAUGGAAACUCAAUGGUUCAUGUUGAAUGUCCCUGAGAUAAAAUCGUAUGUCGUUUUCAUACCCAUUAUAGAAGGGAGUUUUAGAUCCGCUAUCCAUCCUGGGGUUGAUGGGCAUGUCAUGAUUUGCGCCGAGAGUGGCUCAACUCAUGUGAAAACAUCUAGUUUUGAUGCUAUAGCUUACGUUCAUGUGUCUGAUAACCCUUACAAGUUAAUGAAAGAGGCCUAUGCGGCUAUUAGAGUUCAUAUGAACACGUUUAGGCUCUUGGAAGAGAAGCCUGUCACUCAUUUAGUGGACAAAUUCGGUUGGUGUACAUGGGAUGCUUUUUACUUAACAGUAGAUCCUGUCGGAAUUUGGAAUGGUGUCAAUGACUUUGCUGAAGGCGGUGUGUCGCCGAGGUUUCUCAUCAUUGACGAUGGGUGGCAGAGUAUCAACAUCGACGGGGAAGACCCAACUCGAGAUGCUAAAAAUCUUGUUCUUGGUGGGACACAAAUGACUGCAAGGCUCUAUAGAUUUGAUGAAUGUGAGAAGUUUAGGAAGUACAAAGGUGGGUCUUUGUCGGGUCCAAAUGCUCCAUCGUUUGAUCCAAAGAAGCCGAAGUUAUUGAUCGCUAAGGCAAUCGAAAUCGAGCACGCUGAGAAGGACAGAGACAAGGCCAUUGGCUCGGGAGUCGCUGAUAUCACUAAGUUCGAGACCAAAAUUCAUAAGCUUAAGGAAGAGUUGAAUGCAAUCUUUGGCAAAGAACAAGACAGUGGCUGUUCUAGCUGUUCUUGCAAGGGUGAUGACUCUGGAAUGAAGGCAUUCACAAGGGAUUUGAGAACAAAAUUCAAAGGGUUGGAUGAUGUGUUUGUUUGGCAUGCUCUUGCUGGUGCUUGGGGUGGUGUGAGGCCUGGUGCUACCCAUUUGAACUCCAAGAUAGUUCCUUGUAAGCUCUCUCCUGGCCUUGAUGGCACAAUGACUGAUCUUGCUGUUGUGAAGAUUAUCGAAGGGAGUAUCGGACUCGUUCAUCCUGAUCAAGCUGACGAUUUUUUCGACUCGAUGCAUUCUUAUCUCUCUAAAGUUGGGAUUACAGGCGUAAAAGUCGAUGUGAUGCAUACACUGGAGUAUGUCUCGGAGGAAUAUGGAGGACGAGUUGAUCUUGCUAAGGCCUAUUAUAAGGGUCUGACUAAAUCUCUUCAUAAGAACUUUAAAGGGACGGGUCUUUUCUCUAGUAUGCAACAGUGUAAUGAUUUCUUCUUCCUUGGCACGAAGCAAAACUCCAUAGGAAGAGUAGGUGAUGACUUUUGGUUUCAAGAUCCAAACGGUGAUCCCAUGGGUGUUUAUUGGUUACAAGGUGUUCAUAUGAUUCACUGUGCCUACAACAGUAUGUGGAUGGGACAGAUCAUACAGCCUGAUUGGGACAUGUUUCAAUCAGACCAUCUAUGUGCUAAAUUCCAUGCGGGAUCAAGAGCUAUUUGUGGUGGUCCUGUCUAUGUGAGUGACUCCGUGGGUGGCCAUAAUUUUGAUCUCAUAAAACAACUCGUUUAUCCCGAUGGAACUAUUCCUAGAUGCCAACAUUUUGCCCUCCCCACUAGAGACUGUCUCUUCAAGAAUCCUUUAUUUGACAGUAAAACGGUUCUCAAGAUCUGGAACUUCAACAAGUAUGGAGGUGUAAUCGGGGCAUUCAACUGCCAAGGAGCAGGGUGGGACCCUAAAGAACAAAGAAUCAAGGGACAUCCAGAAUGUUACAAGCCAAUGUCUACAACCGUGCAUGUCAGCGAUGUGGAAUGGGAUCAAAAACCAGAAGCUGCUCCAAUGGGGAAUUUCACCGAAUACAUUGUGUACCUGAAUCAAGCCGAGCAAAUUCUCCACACUACCCCCAAAUCUGAACCGCUAAAAGUGACCAUUCAACCAUCUACAUUCGAGAUCUUCAGUUUCAUACCUUUAAGAAAGCUCAAUUCCAACAUUAAAUUCGCUCCCAUCGGUCUGAAGAACAUGUUCAACAGUUCUGGAACGAUUCAACAUUUGAAGUAUAAUGAAAACGGAGUCGAGCUGAAAGUAAAAGGUGGAGGAAAUUUCAUAGCUUACUCGAGUGCGUACCCGAAAAAGUGCAUUUCGAACGGAGUAGAAGUGGAAUUUGAAUGGGAUGACUCCGAUGGACAGCUCAGCUUUGAUCUUCCAUGGAUUGAAAAAGCUAAAGGAGUUUCUGACGUGGAAAUUUUAUUUUGAGUAAUUUUAUCUCUAAGUUAAUUUUUAUUUAUUUUAUGCAUUUUGGCUGUUUGUGUUAAGUGACGUGUGCUAAGGGAUAGCCACGUCAAUUAAAUAAUCGCUUUUAUUAUUAUUAUUAUUAUUAUUGUAUUUUUGAAUUUUUAUUUUUAUUUUCCCCUUUUUUUUGCGGAUUUGUCCUUUGAAAGAGGGCAUUAUGUUUCGAAUUUUGUUUCUAC